CUGACGCAGGAGGCUGCUGGCAGCGCUCCCCUUCACCAGCACUUGGCCUCAGAAAUGCUGCCCGCAGCUGAGGUGCUCGGUGAGUUCAUGCAGCAUUUGCUCUGCGGGGGAAAAAACCAACGGGUAAAGCUGUUGUGUGCCACUUACCCUCCUUAGAUAAGGAACCCCCAGGGGGACUUUGCCCCCCCCCAAGCUUCUCACGCAGUGCGCUUCUCUGCCCCACGCCCGCCAGCAUUUCACAAUCUGCUGGGUCCCAGCCCCAGUUCGGCGGCGCUCCCGGGAGGGUUGGCAGCUUUCGCCACCAGCCGCCACUCCUGCAACGCAGCCCGCAGAGGCGGAGGCGCUGGGCGGAGGGAAGGAGCAGCGCUGCCGGCGGGAAGCAAGUGCUGAGCAGCCAUGGAGAGGAUGCAGCAGGUCGUUGGGCGGGCAAGAGCUGCCUUCAACUCAGGCCGGUGCCGCUCUCUGGAGUUCAGGAUGCAGCAGCUGAAGGCCCUGGAGCGGAUGGUGCAGGAGAAGGAGAAGGAGAUCCUGGCAGCCAUCAAGGCAGAUCUGCACAAGUGUGGGCACAAUGCGUACAGCCAUGAGAUCCUGGGUGUGCUGGGGGAGCUGGCCCUGGCCAUGGACAAGCUGCCAUCCUGGGCAGCCCCUCAGCCUGUGAAGAAGAACCUGCUGACGAUGCGGGACGAGGCUUACAUCUGCCCCGAGCCGCUGGGGGUGGUACUGAUCAUCGGGGCCUGGAACUACCCCUUCGUCCUGGUGAUGCAGCCUUUGGUGGGGGCCAUCGCAGCAGGCAAUGCUGUGGUGGUGAAGCCGUCGGAGAUCAGUGAGAACACGGCUCGGCUGGUGGCUGAUCUCCUCCCCCAGUACCUUGACCGGGAGCUGUACCCCGUGGUCACUGGAGGAGUACCUGAGACAACAGCACUGCUGACCCAGCGAUUUGAUCACAUCCUCUACACCGGCAACUCCACGGUGGGCAAAAUCGUGAUGGCAGCAGCUGCCAAGCACCUGACACCCGUCACCCUGGAGCUGGGUGGGAAGAGCCCCUGCUACAUCGACACGGACUGUGACCUGGCUGUUGCCUGCAGGCGGAUAACAUGGGGGAAGUACAUGAACUGUGGGCAAACAUGCAUCGCCCCAGACUACAUCCUGUGUGACCCGUCCAUCCAGAGCAAGGUGGUGGAGAACAUCAAGGCGACUCUGCAGGAAUUCUACGGGGAAGACGUGAAGUCAUCUCCAGACUACGAAAGGAUCAUCAACAAGCAUCACUUCAAGAGGAUCCUGGGCCUGUUGGAAGGGCAGAAGAUCGCUCACGGGGGAGAGUCUGAUGAGGCCUCCUGCUUCAUAGCCCCGACGAUCCUCACCGACGUUUCUGCAGAGUCAAAGGUGAUGGAGGAGGAAAUCUUUGGACCGGUCCUCCCCAUUGUGACUGUGAAGAGUGUAGAUGAAGCCAUUGAGUUCAUCAACCGCCGGGAGAAGCCCCUCGCCCUCUAUGUCUUCUCCAACAACAAGAAGUUAAUCAAAAGAGUCAUCUCGGAAACCUCCAGUGGGGGGUUUACUGGAAAUGAUGUUAUCAUGCAUUUCUUCCUCUCAACUUUACCCUUUGGUGGUGUCGGUAACAGUGGGAUGGGCGCCUACCACGGCAAGCACAGCUUUGAAACCUUCUCCCACCGCCGCGCCUGCCUGAUCAAGGACCUGAAGAUGGAGGGUACGAACAAACUCCGGUACCCACCUGGCAGCCAGAAGAAGGUGGAUUGGGCCAAGUUCUUCCUCUUGAAGCGGUUUAACAAGACUCGAAUUGGACUGAUCGCCUUGGCCCUGCUGGGGAUCGUGGUAGCGGUGGUGAUCAAGAAUCACCAGUCUGUGCUGAAGAGAAAAGCCCUCAUGAUUGUGCUGGCUGUUCAGAGCCUGGGCUGGCCCAGUGUGUGGUAAGGAGGAGCAGGUUUCAGAGCACUGCUGUGGCUGUCACGGUGAGGUGGCUUGCUGCUGAAGAGAGGAGAAGGCGUCCUGUGCAAGUCAUACUCUGAGUGCUGGCUUUGUGUCUGUUUCCUUAAGCUGAGAAGUCCUUUUUUUUUUCUGCUGUUCUGGGUUAUUUCAGUGAGCUGUCAAGCACACAGAGUAGCCUUAGAGAAACACUAACCAAGAGAAGGCCCAGACUCCUGUUUACUAAAAAGCUGUGCUGAAGUAGAGGGACCAGUGGGUACUAGCUCUCACAGGAGGAGAAUUGCAGAGCAAGAAACCCCAGUCCGUCCCUCCGCCCCACACCGAGCCACACAUACAGUGUCUUGCACCAAACCUUCCUUCAGUGACAACCAGGAGCUGGAGCUUCAGCUGUGAUGGUGUUUUCCCUGCAGGUUUUGGGACAGUCUGUCUUCUGUCGUGCUCCCAAAACCACCCUCUUGGUGACACCUCGGAGACGGGCUGUGCUGGCUGAUGCGUUUUACCAGUAGUGAUGGUUAUGAGUAAACCCAGUGAGGUUCUCCGUGCUGCUUAAUUGAGGUGAAAUAUUACGGAUCUCUGUGAACCAGAGUUGUCUGCAGCUGGUCAGGGGAUGCAGGCUGACAUGCAGCCCCUUUUUGGGGCUCUGAGUUUCAUCAUCUGCCUGUAACAAUUAUUUAGCUGUUAGAAAAUGACAAAGGUGAUGCCUGCAGUGCCUGUAUUUUGCUGAUAAGAGCGUCUUGUUGCUCCUGCAGAACUUCCAGGCCUGCUUAGAGAAGUGGGAAUUCCAAAGUACCCUGUUGUGGGUCAGCCCAGGCGGGCAUCUGAGCCCCACAAAGCGGGACAGGGAAGAGAAUUGGAAGGGUAAAAGUGAGAAAACCUGUAGGUUGAGCUAAUAAUGGGUGAAGUGACAGCUGGGCGUGCAAGCAAGCAAAUGAAGGAACCCACUCACCACUUCCCUCGGCAGGCAGGUGUUCAGCCAUCCCCAGGAAAACCCGACUUCGUCACACGUAACGGUGACUUGGGCAGGUGGACGCCGUCACUCCCCACGUCCUCCCCUGCCUUCCUCUUCUUUCCCCCCUGAGCACAACGUCACGUGGUCUGGAACGUCCCCCUGCUCAGCUGGGGUCAGCUCUCCCGCCUGUGCCCCCUCCCCGCCUCCUGCUGCCCCCAGCCGAGGGGCUGCGGGGGGGUGAGAAUCUCAGAGACCUUGACGCUGUGCGAGCGCUGUCCGGCGACAGCUGAGCCCCGGGUGUGGGACAGACACUGCUUGGGUCACAGAUCCGAAACGCAGCACCAUCCUACUGUGAAAAAACUGAGCAACUCUGAUGAAAAUUAACUCCAUCCCAGCCAAAACCAGUACAAACCCAUUCCUGGUCAGAUUCCUCCAAGGGAAAACAAUUACUGAAAGAGUGUGUACUCUGUUUGAGCUUCUGGGUCUGCUGUAAUCUUGCACUGGGAGAUCAUAUGGGGCUUGUUGUAGCUUGGGGAGAGGAUGUUGGGGAAAUACAUGGUGAAAGGACCUUAGAAAUAUUAACGAAUCAAUAAGGAAAAUUUAAAAAUGAUUAUUCAAUGCAAUUAAUAUAGAACAGAAAAUUAUACUUACUGUGCAAUAGGUGGGAUUUCUUCACGUCUGGUGAAAAAUCCAUGUGCUAAGCCUUUUUAAUGAUAUAUUUUCCAAGUACUAAAUUAAAUACUGAGAAUUUAAAU